CCCUACCUUAACUAUAAAAUCUAGGAUAUAGAUUAGUUAAUCCUAUAGGUAUAUAUACAUCUUUAAUAAAAUAUUUAUGGUUAUCCUAGGGUAUUUCUCUUUGCUUAUUGGUUUUUGUUUUUGAGAGAAAUUAUAAUUGGGAACCUCCAUUGAAAGUGAUCUUGGUUAUCCCUUAUUUGGUCAAUCCUAUUUCGUAAGCAGUCAAUGCAUAGCUGAAAAUGUGAUAAUAUAACUACAAACUAUUUUUUUGUCAAUAUAUGUGUAUACAAUAUGGACAUUAAGCACCCCUUUCAAUAGUUUCUGACAUCACCGUGAUCAUCUCAUGUUUUAAAUGUUUUAAGAUGUUUAUUAUUUAAUUUAUAUUGCCUUCUCUGGUGAUGUGUGCAUUUGAUUUAUGAGAUUGUUCCUGAUUGCCAUGGGCUUUUUGUAGAAUUCUUUGGCUUUUUGGCUAUAUCUUUAGCCAUUGCCAAGAAUUGGAUGUGGACAUAUCCCAUUGCAUGACUUGCCUUCUUCGGAAAAUGUCUGUGGACAGUAAUGUGAUAACUUUUUUAGAGAUUUUUUAUAGUUUUUACAUAUUUUAAUACUAUAAACUUUCGAUCUAUAAUGCUAGUCCAUUAUCUUAUAUGCGUGACUGACUUGAACUCAUUUAGUUCGGAAGUAAAUACGGUUGCUUUCUCCGACUAUAUCGUUCUGUCACACAGUCAAACCUAUUAUAAAAUCAGGCAAUGUUUCUUGAAUCAUCUUUUGGGGCUGAGUUUGAUGUCAGGAAGCUUUGUGUAAGUGGGUCAGUAGAGUCGUUGGGGCAUUAUAUAUAAAUGUGCAAAUUUAUUGAAGAGAGAAUGAAAAUGAAAACUUGGGUGUUGUGGGGGAGAAGAACAUAAAUGGGAGGCGUAGCGUUAUUUCCGGGGGUUCACAAUGAUCACAUGUCAUAGUCCCAUUUGGAUGAUGAAGUAGGGCCGGUGUGGGGGAUGUGUCCUCAUGGAGACAAGACUAUAAGUCCUCUCUUCUGACACAGUGUCAAUGGAGUGAACUAUUCACUGCGGCGGUUUCUUUUCCAUUUUUGCCCUCUUCUUGUUGAGCCACUUAGCCGUUAAGCCGGCUCUAACUUUAUUGCUGCAAAUAAUGUACUAUUUUCAUUUUAGUGACUGUCCUUUAGUUGUCAACAAACUUUCUGUAAACCAUUCAUCUCUACGUGCAUGUGAAAUUUGUUUAGUUCAUUUGAAUGUCUAGAAGUUAAUUACUGAAUGACCAUUUUGCGUGUGCCAGAGGAUGGUGCAGUUUCAUCUGACGAGGAAUUAAGUGGAGGCGAUGAGAUAUUACAGGAUGGGAAACAAAUAUGCGAAGACCGUGAUCUCAAGGACAGGUUGCUUCGCAAAUUCGGAAGCGGUAUAAGCUCAUUAAAGCUGGAGUUUUCAAAGAAGAAGAAGAAAGGAAAGCUACCACGAGAAGCAAGACAAGCGCUACUCGAUUGGUGGAGUGUUCACUAUAAAUGGCCUUACCCUACUGAAGGUGAUAAGAUAGCAUUAGCUGAUGCAACGGGGUUAGACCAAAAACAGAUCAACAAUUGGUUUAUAAACCAAAGAAAACGUCAUUGGAAUCAGUCAGAGAAUAUGCCUUAUGCAUGAUGGACGAUCUAGUAAUGAGAAUGCAUGAUGCUAUUUAACGUUGAAGUAAAAGAAAAGAAAUAUGCUUGUAUUGACAUGUUUCCUUUUAAGCAUAAAUUCUGCUUUGAUUUGCCGACAAAAGAAGAAGAAGAAAAAAAUGGAAAAAGAGCAGUGAAGGUUGGGAUACAUGAAUGAAUAAUUUACUCGAGUCACAUGUAGGAAAGAAUCAAGGGACAAAAAAAGUCUUCGUCAAAUGCUUUGUAAACUAUAUGUUGGUUCGGUUCGUUUAAAGUUCGGGUUAUACAGUUUGGUCUUGGAUACUAUUAUAUUUUUAGAGUUGAACAAAAAAUGUUUUGUAUCUGGUAUUUAUUUGGAGAAAAAAAACCUAAAUUCAGUCA